AUGUGGCCGCAGGCUCAAACAGCCCGAGGACUCCUUGCACCUUUCCACCGCCUGAAGACAAUAUCGGGCAUAUUCAAUAUAUCUACAUGUAUGUAUAUAUAUAUAUAUAUACCGACGAACCGCCGCAGCCAUUUCAAUAAAUCUUGGCAAUGCCCUAAAAAUAUUAGCAUAAUAAAAGGCGCGACAACAAAGCAGAAGGGUCAACUCAAUAUCGGAGCAACUGGCAGGCGGAGGGGGCGGCUGCUUCCAGCGCAUUUGGCACAUUUACACAAACAGACGGCCCAAGGAGCAGCAGAUUUAUGUCAGCAACAAGCUAUCAGGCAACUGGGAUAUCUCAGCCACCCACCUCCCCCUCAAAACGACCUUAAUACGCAUAAUUUGGGGGCGGCAAGUGGGAGGCAAGUGGGAGGCAAGUGGGCGGCGGUGUCGUAUAAUGUGCUGCAGGCUUCGAUCAGCAAUAAAAAUUCAAAUUUCGCCCAGAGCGCACAAAAAAUGUUCGCUGCGAGGAAAGGUUGCUCUCGACUAGAUACCCUGCAGUCGGGGUAG